GCUGCCGCCGCCGCUGCCCUUUGAUCCCGACAUUAGUGUUAGGGGCUCGGAGACACAGAGCGCGGCCAUAGACACCGCCGCACCGGCACUCAUUUAUUUAUACCUCCCAUCACACACGCGAGCAUAGGACACACACACACUCACACCUAUUAGAUCCGUUUCCAUUGAAGAAUAUUACGCUCGGGGACAAGCCAGGUGCACGACCAAAAAAAAUUUAAAAAAAAAAAGGAAAAAAAAGAAAGGAAAGAAAAGAAGAGAACCCCUCAUCUGGCUCCAGGAAACAAGCUUCAACCCAUUGCACACACCGGAGAGAAGGGGUUUCCCCCUGCCCGCCCGCCCGCCCCCCAACUACCUCCCCGCUCCUGCCAGUGUCUGCCUCUCUGCCCCCACGGGGGUUUAUUUGAUCUCACAUUAACCAAGGAGGAGAAUGUGAGAAAAGGGGGAAAAUGCCCAGGAGGAAGCAGGAGCAGCCCAAGCGCCUUCCCUCACAUGUUAGUAGGCUGGAAGAGGCGGAGGGAGAACUCAGUGAAGGAGAGCACUGGUAUGGGAACUCUUCAGAGACUCCGUCAGAAGCAUCCUACGGAGAAGUCCAGGAGAACUAUAAGCUGUCGCUGGAGGACCGGAUCCAGGAGCAGUCGACUUCCCCCGACACCUCCCUGGGGAGUGCCACUCCCAGCAGUCACACGUUGGAGCUGGUGGGACUUGAUGGUGAGGUCCUGCGAGACCCACUGCAGUGUCAAGAUCACCUCUCCCCUGGCGUGUCUUCUUUGUGUGAGGAUGACCCCCCAGGCUCGGCUAAGCCCUUGAGCAGCAACCUGAGGCGGCUGCUGGAGGCUGGCUCCCUCAAACUCGAUGCCACAGCCACAGCCAAUGGCAGGGUGGAGUCCCCGGUAAACGCGGGCUCGAAUCUCUCCUUUUCCCCACCGUCCCACCAUGCCCAGCAGCUCAGUGUUCUCGCCAGGAAGUUGGCUGAGAAGCAGGAACAGAAUGACCAAUACACUCCAAGUAACCGUUUUAUAUGGAAUCAAGGUAAGUGGUUGUCGAACUCAACCACCACCUGCGGCUUGUCCCCGGAUUCAGCCAUCCUAAAACUGAAAGCCGCAGCCAAUGCCGUUCUGCAGGACAAAUCUCUCACCAGGACUGAGGACACCAUGCGAUUUGAGUCCUUUUCCUCCCCUUUUAGCUCCCAGUCUGCCAGUUCCACGCUGGCAGCCUUAUCCAAGAAAGUCAGCGAGAGAAGCUUGACUCCUGGUCAGGAACACCCACCUCCGGCCAGCUCUUUCCUUUCCCUGGCUUCCAUGACCUCCUCGGCGGCCCUUCUGAAAGAGGUAGCAGCAAGGGCUGCUGGGAGUCUUCUGGCUGAGAAGUCAUCACUGGUGCCUGAGGACCCUCUCCCGCCACCACCCUCAGAGAAGAAGCCAGAAAAAGUAACCCCACCGCCUCCACCACCACCACCGCCGCCCCCACCACCGCCGCCGCCGCCACAGUCCUUGGAAUUAUUGUUACUCCCAGUUCCUAAGGGAAGAGUUUCUAAACCCUCCAGUUCAGCCUCAGAAGAGGAAAGCGGGAAGCCUUUCCAGUGUCCGAUCUGUGGUUUGGUUAUAAAGAGGAAGAGUUACUGGAAGCGGCACAUGGUGAUUCACACAGGUUUAAAAAGUCAUCAGUGCCCGCUUUGUCCAUUCCGGUGUGCUCGCAAGGACAAUCUCAAAUCCCACAUGAAGGUUCAUCAGCACCAGGACCGGGGAGAGACCUUUCAGUGCCAGCUAUGCCCUUUUACCUCCUCACGCCACUUCAGCCUGAAACUCCACAUGCGCUGCCAUCAGCACUUCCUGAGGACAGAAGCCAAGGUGAAGGAGGAGAUCCCAGACCCAGAUGUCAAGGGAUCUCCCCACCUCAGUGACAGUGCCUGCCUGGGGCAGCAAAGGGAAGGAGGAGGGACAGAGCUAGUGGGGACCAUGAUGACGUCCAACACUCCAGAGAGGACUAGCCAGGGUGGGGCUGGCGUCUCGCCUUUGCUGGUGAAGGAGGAACCCAAGGAAGAUAACGGCCUGCCAACCUCCUUUUCUCUGAAUGCUGCCGACAGGCCGGCCAACCACACAAAGCUGAAAGACCCCUCCGAGUAUGUGGCCAACAGUGCGUCAGCAUUGUUCAGCCAGGACAUCUCUGUUAAGAUGGCGUCUGAUUUUCUCAUGAAGCUGUCAGCUGCAAAUCAGAAGGAGCCCAUGGAUCUUAACUUUAAAGUGAAAGAGGAGCCGAAGGAAGAAGAGGCCUUGAGUGCCACUUUACCUCGCUCCAGCUACAUGUUCAGCCCGGAAUCUGAAGCGCCAGCCCCAUGCAUCUCUGAGGAUACCCUUAAGCCCCAGGAGGGGAAGGGGAAUGUGCUAAGGCCGGAUAUGUCCGUCAAAGCAGCGUCCGAACUUCUCAUGAAACUAUCAGCGGAAAGCUACAAGGAAACUCAGAUGGUGAAGAUUAAAGAGGAGCCCAUGGAGGUUGACAUCCAGGACUCCCGUGUCUCAGUAUCACCCAGCCGGAAUGUUGGCUAUAGCACUUUAAUCGGGCGAGAGAAAACCGAACCCUUACAGAAGAUGCCAGAGGGCAGAGUGCCCCCGGAGAGAAACCUCUUCAGUCAGGAUAUCUCUGUGAAGAUGGCUUCCGAGCUUCUCUUUCAACUGUCAGAAAAAGUGAGCAAAGAGCACAAUCACACAAAAGAAAACACCAUUCGGACGACCACCAGCCCUUUCUUUUCAGAAGAUACAUUUAGACAAUCACCAUUCACCUCUAAUUCGAAAGACCUGCUGUCCGGUGAGUCUGUGCUUCACGGAAGAAUAGCAGCACCAGAAACAGAAAAGAUAGUACUAGAGGCAGGAAACGGAUUGCCAUCCUGGAAAUUCAAUGACCAGCUUUUUCCCUGUGAUGUGUGUGGGAAAGUGUUUGGCCGGCAGCAGACGUUGUCCCGACAUCUCUCGCUGCACACAGAGGAAAGAAAAUACAAAUGCCACUUGUGCCCCUAUGCUGCUAAGUGCCGUGCAAACCUGAACCAGCACCUGACCGUCCAUUCGGUGAAGCUGGUGAGUACGGACACUGAGGACAUUGUCAGCGCCGUCACCUCUGAAGGCAGUGAUGGGAAGAAGCACCCGUAUUAUUACAGCUGUCACGUGUGUGGAUUUGAGACCGAGCUCAAUGUCCAGUUUGUCAGCCACAUGUCACUCCACGUGGACAAGGAGCAAUGGAUGUUUUCCAUCUGCUGCACCGCCUGUGACUUUGUCACCAUGGAGGAAGCAGAGAUAAAGGCUCACAUUGGCACCAAGCACACAGGAGAAGACAGGAAGACCCCCAGUGAAUCAAACAGCCCCUCUUCAUCCUCUCUCUCAGCUCUGAGUGAUUCAGCCAACAGCAAAGAUGACUCGGACAGCUCCCAGAAAAACAAGAGUGGGAACAAUGUGCUGGUCAUCUCUGUUGUGCCUGGGAGCCAGCCCUCACUGAACAGUGAGGAAAAGCCAGAGAAAGGGUUCGAAUGCGUGUUUUGCAACUUUGUCUGCAAGACGAAGAACAUGUUUGAGCGCCACCUGCAGAUACACCUCAUCACCCGGAUGUUUGAGUGUGACGUGUGCCACAAGUUCAUGAAGACACCUGAACAGCUGCUGGAGCAUAAGAAAUGCCACACUGUCCCCACCGGUGGGCUCAAAUGAUUCGCCAUAUACAUCUUUUAAGAGGCAUUACAAGCACCCAAUCCGCACCCCACCCCCAGCUAUCGGAUCCGUGCCUUUUGGAACAGGCAGGAGGCAGUGUUUUUCAUGCAGAGAUCACGUGCCUCGGGGCUUCCUGCAGACGUGCCUUGUGCCUUCCCAGGAACCGGGAUUGGGAUCUCCCUGGCUAGCCUUCAUGAGAUCUGACGUUUCCAGUCACACGUUAUUCACAGGUCCCCAGAGACCUAGACAACAAGCAUCAUCAUUAACCAAUAUUUGCAAGAAGCCCUCUGGUCUGAAGUGAGACCCAUCAGUUAUUAUCAAACGCACGGUGUGUCUGGCUUGAUAAUAGGUGCUGAAGGGCAAACAAGGAAUAAAAUGUGAUUUCCACCCUCAGGAAAUGUAUGUCCUAGCACUACCAGAAUUUAAUCUUCCCAGUGAUUCUGAAAUCAGCCCCUUGUUCACAUGGCGCUCCUGACCUAGUAGAGAAAGAAGCAUAUGUCGUUGAGUACAGAAAGACACACAGGUUUCACGGCAUAAUUAUUCAUGUUUAGCUGAAAUAACCAUGUAAUUAAAAGAAUGAAAACU